AGUGAAGACCGCACGAGAGGGGGCGCACAGCAGCGUGUGAGCGAUGAUGUUUGGAGUGACGACACCACGAAACCAUAGCACAAGAUUACCGAAGCAGAUAGCAAUCGGAUUGAAGCAACAUCCAUCAGAGAAGCCCAGAGCCCACUAAAAGUGCCAGUGCUCGUCCAGACUGUGGUGAUCAAAUCCGUCUUGGAAAUGCUUCAGUUCGGCGGCAGGGUGUGCGUUGUCUCCGCUGUCGUCUGGCUGCUUCUGGCGGGGCUGGCGGCUGCGUCUUCUGAUCUAUUUGACAACCAACUAGGCGACAUCAGUUACUGCAAAAAGCAAUGCCAGAUCACCAUCAAAAACAAAAGUCCAGCUAAAGACUCCAUACUGAAUGCCUGUCACCGUGGUUGUCGUCUCUACUCCAUAUGUCAGUUUGUGAAUGGCAAUGCUGGCUUCAACACCAGCAGGGAGGAGUGUCAAGGAGCAUGCCAGGAAGCAUACAGCAAACUGCUGGAGCAGGAGGCCUGCAGCACCGGCUGUGCCAGCCAGCCCUCCGAACCUGAGAUCAAGAGGAGGAAGCUGAAAGCCAUGGCCCACCGUCCCAAGCCCCCCUCUGUCAUGGACACCGUGUCCAGCUGGUUUAACGACAUCGUCAGCUCUGCUCAGAGCUUCAUCUCCUCUACCUGGACCUUCUACCUGCAGGCCGACGACGGCAAGGUGGUGGUCUUCCAGAGCCAACCAGAGAUUGAGUACACUCUGCCGGAGCUGCAGGCUCCCCGCUCCAAUGUGGCAGACAAACCCUGGCCACAGGUCCACUCCCACACACAGAGACCCCAUGGUGUGAAAGGACAUGGGGAGAAGGGAGCAGCCAAGGCCGGAGGCAAGGGGAAGCACCCAGCAGUCCAACAACAUACAGAGGACCCCACCGCUGAGCAUGACUUCCUGGGUUGCAUGUCAAGGCGCUCUGGACUGCCUCGUUGGAUCCUGGCUGCCUGUCUCUUCCUGUCCAUCAUGGUGAUGUUAUGGCUCAGCUGUGCCAGCCUGGUCACUGCACCUGAACAGCACAUCAAAACAGAGGUAAACACAGCACCAGAGCAACACAUCGAUACAGAGGUAAACACAGCACCAGAACAGCACAUCAAAACAGAGCUGAGCAUCAACGGAGACAAUGAGUUUCUGGAUGACGUCCAGAAGGUCAACCCCUACUACCUGACCCCUGUGAUUGCUGUAGCCAUCGACCAACCAGAGGAGAGCGAGGAAGCUGGACCACUGCCAGUCAAGGUUGACCUCAACAAGACAUCUCUUUAGGGGACCAAAGGGAUCGGCUCUCUGGUUUCUAGGGUAACCAUUUCGUAAAAACCUCCCUCAGUAAAAGAGGGGAACAGAAACACACCAACACACACACCAGAUUUUUUAUACACACAUGGCACAAUCCCUGCAAAACAUAUUUGUCCCGUCUGAAUUCUAGUUUCUAUAACAAGUCUGACCAUCAGAUCUUAGCCGGUUGUGCUUAUCUCUGCAUACAAUACCAGUUUUCUAGAUCCCUAGUGUCCGUUGAUAAAUCUCACCAAGAGUGUGGAGAUGUAGUUGUCACCACCUUCUCUUGUACCUAUCAUUUUGUAUUUGACAAUGCAGUUGCUUAAGGCUUAUUUAAUGGACAUUGUAACUAUUAAAUGUAACUACUUAGAUCUGCCUGUGAGGAAGUCAAGGAGAACAUGUGCUCUGAAAGCUUUCCAGGUGUUUGAUGUCAAGGGAUAUAAAAGAAAGGACACACCCAGGGAUUCAAAUUGAAGAUGAAUAAAAAUUCUCUUACAUCCUCUUGGAAUUAAUUUGUGACUUGCAGAUAGAGAAAAGGUAUGGAGAUGUUUAAAAUGCUUUGAAAACUAUGUUGUGAACGCUGCAGGAGACAACGGCUACCACGUUUCACCUUUGAUCAUCACCGAUAUCAGCUGUGUGAAGGAAAUAUCACCUAAAAGAAGCAAAUACACUCCAUAAAUUAUAGAUCUCUGUAGAUCUUACAGAGAAUUCUCAGAUCAGAUGAAACGCCCCAUUUAAUUGAAUUCUGACAUUUGGCAAAUAAAGGAAUUGUGCUCAAAUUAUGUUGACUGACACCCUCAGCUAACUGUGUGUGUGUGUGUGUGUUUGUGUGAGUGAGAGUGCGCACGGCGUGUGCAUGUGUGUGUGUGUGAACAAAAUAAAAAUAGUACUUGGUGCUGAAUUAAACUGGAAUUGUCCCGCCCACUCAGAAUGAGAAUUAUUGUAUGUAUUUAUUCAUGACUUUGUGUAUUUAUUCAGAACCAAUAGCAUAAGGUACCAGUUUACUGGUGUCAGUGAAGUCCCACGUAAAUACUCAUCUAUCCAAAUCUAUCUUAUUGCUACAACUGUAAUACAACAAUGUACCCCCCUUUCCCAGAGACAUACAGGAAGACUAAUAUUACUCUAUUAUUACUAUAUCUCCUUAAGGGUUAGUCUUAUUAGCUCUUAAAUGUACCAUGCGCUUUCUAAUAGUAGACGUUUUUGUAUGCUACACAGGCACAAUGAUAGGGAAGACCAAUGGGAUGCUCAAUGCAAGGCUUUUAGAAUAGACCUUCGUUAUCGAGUAACACACUCAAUGAGAUUUCUGUUCUCUCCUCGGUGAUGUUGAUGUCCAGUGAAGUACAUUUUCCUUUUGCCUACUCACUGUGCAUGCUAGUACGCUACACCACAUUCAAUGAAACCACCCAUCUCAGUAUGGCAGGAAACUAAUGUACACUUGUGAUUUUUGUGUUUCUAUUUAAGUGUCGAAUAGAAUGUUAGGAUAUUAAUCUCAUGAUUUAAGUUAAGGAAAGAAACAAGAUGGAUAUAUCUAAAAGCCCUUCGAUAUCAGUCCUGGUUCAAGUGAAGGUUACAGCGCCAUGUAGAAUGUGAUAACUGUAACGGUUCCUUUUUAUCUGUAUGUUUUCAAUGAAAUAAUACAUAACCUCAACAUGAUGAAUAAAGUGUGUUCAUGGUAAAUAUAA